AUGAAUGUUCUAACUGAUAGUCAAGCAUUCUUGGUUCCUAAAUUUGUAGCGGGGGGUUUUCCUGAUGUUACCAGUACUAACGAUAGUGCCGAAAACGUUCCUGCCACCACACUCAAGCAGCUUGACUGGGGGGGAGGACGCACAGCGCAUCAUAUCUCCAUUCACCCUCACUCUCUUCGCGCAGACCUCAUUCGAAAUGCCAUUGCAAUCAUUUGGGAUGAACUCCCUGCCAUGAACAGAGCCGGAUGGGAGAGCGUCGACAAACUUUUUGCCGAUUGGGAGAUUUUCGGCAAGCAGGCCCCAUUGCCAGCGGAGCAGGAGAGACAGCCACUCUCGCAGCACAACUUGCCAGGCGAUUUUCACAGCCUGAAAGAAGCUGAGCAGACUCGAUUGAACGCACCAGAAUACACACUCGACUAUCUUGUGAUGUUAACCCAUCCUGGAAAAUGGGAUUGA